AUGUCACCAUUUACACCAACACUGGGUUAUUGGGAUAUUUGGGGUCGCGCGCAGUCAAUACGCUAUUUACUAGCGUAUGCCGGGGCAAACUUUAUCGACAAACGUUACACAUUUGCGAAUAAAACUGAUUGGGAGUUGGUCAAAUACACUCUCGAUUUAGACUUCCCAAAUCUGCCCUAUUAUAUCGAUGGCGACCUAAAACUCAGCCAAAGUGUGGCUAUAUUGCGAUAUUUGGCCCGAAAAUACGGUCUCCUCUCAACCAAUACCGGACUGCAAGACAUGUGCGAACAGGAAUUACAAGAUAUUAGGGAAGGCUUUAGACCAAUACUUAAAGCGAAACUAUUCAAGUCAAUAGAUUGCGAAGUGACCAUGGCCAAUUAUUUAUCAAAUACCCUCGAUCGGCAAUUGGUACUUUUUGAAAAGUUUUUAGGGCAUAACCAAUGGCUUAUCGGCGGACAGUUGUCUUACGUAGACUUUCUGGCGUACGAAGUGUUUGAUUGGUUAAAACGAUUUGUACCUGAUACAAUCGGCAAACACGCAACUAUUGGCCAGUAUUUGCGGCGCUUUGAAAGCAUGCCGGCCAUUAAGGCUUACAACACGCUGAGCACUACAAUGGUAUUAAUGGGUGAUGUUUCAUACAAAUAUUUUAAACCUACUUGA